AUGGAGUUCCUAGUGAACGAAGCUCAGUGUGCUUUUGUUCAAGGUAGGCAGAUCACAAGUAAUAUAAUGCUAGCUCAAGAGCUUGUAAAAAGCUACAACAGGAAGAAUAUAUAUUCAAGGGCAAUGUUAAAUAUUGAUAUUAGAAAGGCAUUUGAUUCCAUUAGCUGGGAUUUUAUUUCUGAUAUGCUCAAGGGAUUGGGAUUUCCAAGUGUUAUGGUCAAGUGGUUUAUGUCUUGCAUUACUUCUCCAAAAUAUUCACUCUCCUUCAAUGGAUCCCUUCAUGGAUAUUUCAAGGAUGACUUACUCUUCUUCUCUAAAGGUGAUCUAUACUCGGUUGAAAAGCUUUACCAAUGUGUUAAAAAUUUUGGCCUCAUCUCUGGUCUUGAAGCGAAUCAUGAAAAAAGCUCUAUAUACUAUGGAGGAGUUGAGGAACCAGUAAAGGCCAGUAUCAACAAUCGCCUGAGGUUUAAUGAAGGGGUUCUGCCCUUCAAAUAUCUUGGUGUGCCUCUCAUAACCAAAAGGAUGUCCACUCUGAAUUGUGUUCCUCUAUUCAAAAAUAUUGAAGGGCAAUUCAAAAAGUGGGUGAAUCAUAGAAAUCUAUCCUAUGCAGGUAGGCUUCAGGUCAUUAAAAGUGAUUCUUAG